GCUAGUUGUGGAUAUUUCUACUACUGUUUAUGAGUAUAUAAACCGCAAUAUGUCAACAUUGUGUAGAAAUUCCACACUAUGAAAUUCAUUUAUCUUGAGUUCAGUGGAAGCCACCAUAGUUGUUUACAAGUCAACCAAAUAGCAUUGGGAACUUUGAAUGCCAUUACUUUUAAUAGAGAAUCAAUAAUCAAGUCUGCACAUGAAAAAACAGUUUGUGAAAAUAGUCUGCAUUUACCGUAACAGAUGAAAAUGACAUUAGAGCGUAAUGCUGGCCCUCUGUACCAGCAACAGACUAUGUCAGCACCCCAGCAAACCAAAGCCAUUGAUAUACCAAAGAAAGAUGAGCCUAUGUACAGUAGAAACAGUCCCAACACCCUCAAUGUCCUUACAGCUAGCUCAGACUUUGAAUUCUCCAAUAGUAUGUUACGAUUGGAGAAUGAUGUAGAACAAGUGAGUUUAACAGAGAAAUCCGAUUCUUCUAGAAGUCCAUCUCCUACGACAGCUACAUGUCGAUCAGCCCCGGUGACACCCAUUCAUAAUCCUUCCUGUAGCGUAGAUUAUAGAGAUAGCGCCCAACGUGGUUUCUUUGAUGGUCUGCUAGGUUGUUUAAGGCCUGUGUGGACCAUACUCGGAAAGGCAGCAGUGGCUGAACUAAAGCAAAAAAACAGCAGCAAAGAAGAUGAUUGGGAGAUACCGUUUGAAGAUAUCACCAAUUUACAGUGGUUGGGCAGCGGAGCUCAAGGAGCCGUCUUUCUCGGCAAACUUAAUUCAGAAGAGGUAGCAGUGAAAAAAGUCAGAGAUGUCAAGGAAACUGAUAUUAAAAAUCUCCGUAAAUUAAACCACCCUAAUAUUAUUUCUUUCAAGGGUGUAUGUACUCAGGCACCAUGUUAUUGUAUCAUAAUGGAGUUUUGCUCAUAUGGGCAGCUUUACGAAGUAUUACGGGAUGGUCGUGAAAUCCCACCAAGCCUGAUUGUAGACUGGGCCAAACAGAUAGCUAGUGGCAUGAAUUAUUUACAUAAUAAUAAGAUCAUACACAGAGAUCUAAAAUCACCCAAUGUUCUUGUUACUAAUAAUGGCGUAGUUAAAAUAUCAGAUUUUGGAACGAGUCGAGAAUGGAAUGAGAAAUCCACGAAGAUGUCAUUUGCAGGAACAGUAGCCUGGAUGGCACCAGAAGUUAUCAGAAAUGAACCUUGUUCAGAAAAAGUGGACAUUUGGUCAUUUGGUGUUGUAUUAUGGGAAUUAUUAACAGCAGAAAUACCAUAUAAAGAUGUUGAUUCGUCGGCCAUUAUCUGGGGUGUUGGAAGUAAUAGUCUACAUUUACCAGUCCCUUCAACAUGUCCUGAUGGCUUUAAAUUAUUAAUGAAAAUGUGUUGGAGCGGUAAACCUAGAAAUCGACCAUCAUUCCGUCAAAUUAUCAUGCAUCUAGAUAUAGCUACACCAGACUUAAUCAAAUGUUGUACAGAGGAUUUCAUGGCACAACAGGAACAAUGGCGUGAAGAAAUUCAGGAAUCUUUGCUUCAAAUCAAAUCAGAUGGAUCUCAUUUACCACAAGUUGAAGAGGAAUUGGUACGCAGACGGAAGGAAGAAUUAAGACAUGCCCAAGAUGUUCGAGAUCACUAUGAAAGAAAGCUAGAACGAGCUAAUAAUUUAUAUAUGGAGUUAACAGCUUGUAUGUUACAGUUAGAGAAACGAGAGAGAGAACUUAUAAAACGAGAACAACACCUAUUUAAUUUUUCUAAAAGAAGAAAGAGUAUCGUACGUCCUAUUAUUAAAGCCCAGGAGAGAUUAGAUCGAUUAAGUAAAAAGAAAUCCUAUAAAGAUGGUUCCACCGAAGCUACCAGUCCUGACUCCCAGAAGACUGGCAGUAUGACAGGUAGCAUGACAACUAGUUCCGAACAAGUUCUUCCCUCACCUACUAAAAUGCGCUCCAGAAAGAGUCGACAUCGUCGUAACAAUAGUCGUGGCUCUUUAAAAGACAUCACCUCUCCAAUCAAAAGUCCUUCAAAUAACUCUUUACAAGAAGAGAGUCAAUCAAAACCUAGUGCUUUACGCUUUGCUGACCCGAAUGACAAUGUUCCGUCUGCUAGUACGUUUAGAUAUAUGGGACCAGGCACUGCUAUCAGGGAAAACAAGAGCGAAGAGGAGAGUGCUACAGAAAAACCCGUUAAUCAGAAUUUGAAGGAAAAGAAUUUGAAUGAUGUGUGUUUUGGGUGUGAUGGGGGUUGUAGUGAUGCCACCUGCAGCUCCAAACGGUCAAGCCAAAUCAGUGCCGAUGUGGAAAGUAACAUUAACGAUUCCCCGUGCACGAGUCCCUCACGAUCGUGUAACAAGGACCUCAUUGUGAACUCUCUACACCAAGCUACCUAUUAUCAGAAUUUAUAUGAAAACCAAUCAAAGCCCUUCAGAGAAAAAGACUCAAACGAGAAUAUCAAUUGUCCAUUAGAUGUACUGACUGAUUUAACGAUUCCAUUAACCGAGGAAAACGUGAAAAAAUGUGGUAAAAAUCUGGAGAACAACUUACAUUGUUCGUUAUCUGUUAAGAGAACUAUAAGUGAUACGGAAAUAUCACCUAAACGAAAUGGGCAUUCACAACGCUUGGAUAGUGUAGAAUCAAAUGAGGAUCACCCUGUUCAUAAAACUGCUGUUACGUUCUCUAAUAUCAAGCACUCGGAAGAUUCUUAUUCGGAAGAGGAAGGGGAGGUAAGUGAGGAUGAAAGACACAUAAAGCAGCAAAAUAGAAGGUCAUAUUCUGGUAUAAGUUCAGAAGGCGUAUUUUCGGAAGAGGAGAAUACAAGUGAACACAUGUAUGAGACUGGACCUGAUAGAUUAUUAUCGACUAACAGUUCGGAGAAUUUACAAUUAGAACUGGCUAAAAUAACGGCUGCUCCAUCAGAUGGAUUAUCAGAUAAAGAGAUGACAGUGCGUAGAAUGAGAAAUCAGGUGGCCAAUUCUCCAGAAUCUGUGUACAAGGAUAUGGGAAGUAGUUCCGAUUCUGAUGAAUGUUCUGAUGUUACAGUAAAUACCACGGUCAACAGAAAACGAUCAUUUGAAAAACCUGAUGGUGAUAAUAAUUGGUAGUUUAAUUAUCAUACCAUUUUGAUCUUCCUUUUGUUAUUUGUUGAUUUUUCACACAAUGAACAUUGUACAUACAUAAUUUGACUUAAUCAUUGUUGGGGUAUUUGUCUACACAGUCAAAAUCAAUUUGUAGUUUUGGGGUAUGGAAAAUAAAAUCUCUAUGUGUAGUGCGUAAAGCAAAUUGUUUUUGGUAACUUCUGUUAAAUAUUUUGUGUUUAAAGCAAAAGAUUAUCUGUAAAUGUGAUUUUGAUUCCGAUAUAGUUAGAAAAAAAAUAUCUGUUAUUGAUUUAAGAUUUAGAUCUAUUUAGAACAAGGAAUAUGAUCUUGAUUUAGAUCUAUUCUGAACAAAUUCGACUCUCUAAUUACUUAGCAAUAAUUUAUGGAAGUAACAUCAAAUUCCAUACUUUAGAUUGUCCCCGAAACAAUGCAAACCUUGUAAUAUUUAAUUCAUAUUACCGGUAUACUAUUUUAGUUUUUAAAUUAGAAAAAGACUAUGUUGUCUUUAGACAUAAUUUCAUUAUUGGACAUUCAACAGUUGACAGAGUUAGUUACCUUUUGACUUUUAUAUAGCAGACACAAUGUACCAUUUUUACAGAAAUAUCUUCCAUGGAUCAAAAAUUAAAUUGAAUUUGUGUGUUGACAAAUAUACUAUACCUACAUAAUAUAUACUAUAAAUGUCUGUAACCUAUUGUUUUUAAAGGGCAUAAUUUAUAUAAGUUUUGUUUAUGGACCAAGAAACUUACAUCACAAAAACAGCACACUGAAUAUCGAAAUUAGAAAAAAAAUAAAUAGAUAUUGUACAAAACGUAAUAUGAGAGAAGUAAAAUAUUUUUAAAAAAAGAUAAAUCAAACCUAAAUAUAUUUUAGAAUUGAGUUAGAUAUUGUAGAUUCAUAUUGUACUGAAAAAAAAAAAAAUUUACAUAAUUUAUCUUGUGAAAAAAAUGGCUUCAUGAUUUCAUAUCAGUACAUCUGAAUUAAUUAUUAACUAGGCACUAAUAUUAGAAAUACAACAAAAUUUUAAAUGAUAUUUAUUGUUAAUUUUCUUAUAUUAUUGUGGCUUAGUUUAUGUGCUUUCAGUCAAACGUUUCUGGAGAAUAGAUAGACAAAGACUUUAGGCAGAUUAUUUUCCUAUUUUAGAUGGUAUAACAUGGAUAAGGGCGGUUCAAUUUAGAAAUAUUUGUUAGGAGCAUGAACGUAUCUUCUAUCAUUUCUCCUUGAAUCUAAAAAGAUAUUAGAAAUUUUUAAAGAACUGGAGAAUGGGAUAUGUUGGGUUUUCCAAACAAGGUGGCAUUGUUUUCCAUCGUAAUCCCUCCCAAGAUAUUUUUAAAUGGCUUAGCUCGAAAUUCAAAGUUAUAAAUGUCUAAUGAACUGACGAUUAAUAUCAAGAAUUUGAUCUUCAAUACUUUUAUUAUGACAUAUCAGAUCUUAAAAAGUUAUUAUAUUAAUAUUUUAUGGCCAUUGUUAACUAGGUUUAUUAUUUCAAUGAAUUCUUAGCUUUUGCACCUUUCUUAUUUUUUCGUUGGAAUCAAAGCUGAUCUCUUUUUUUGAAAAUCAACUCGUACUUAAAUUAUGUUAAUGUAAUGAAGCACUUACCUGUAAUGCAAAAAAAAAUUUGUGGUUUAAAUCGGACCAGAUAAAUUCAAACUCUGUUUAAAAGAAAAAACAAAAGAUAAGUGGUUUAAAUCCGACCAGAUCAAUUAUUGGUCAGGUGUAAGUCGAAUCAAAUAUUUAUGACCAAUAAAAGACAGUUUUAAUCUACCGAAGAUCAAUGAAUGUGCAAAGGCUAUGAACAAACAAAUUGUUUCAAUGGCAUUUAGUAAUUGAACUGGAAUAAACAGAUCACAAUUCUAUGGCAUACAAUUACUGCUUAUUACUGAGUGACGUUUCGACGAGGCUUGCUUGAUAAACACGAGAAAACCCUAGUUGCAACGUCGCUCAGUAAUAAGCAGUUAUUGUAUUCCAGAAAAUUGUGACCUGUUUAUGAACAAAUAGUUGAUAUUUAUUUCAAGUUAUAAAACCCCAACUCAACCUUAUUAUUACUCGUUUUGUUUUUACGAUAUUUACUCACACCAAAGAGUUUAGAUCUCACCUGAUAUCUAACAUAUGAGACAAGUAUUUAUAUAGUAUUUAUUACAGUAGACUAAUGUAUUUUACAGCGCAUUAGGCGCACUUUUUAUACUGAUUAUAUCUGGAAGGGGUGAGCCUAAUGUGCUGAAAAAUACUGUUUUCAUUAAUUUUAAUUGUGUAUGAAUGAUGAUUACUGUAAAUCAAGGAAUUAAUGCCACCUGAGAUUAAUGUUUAAUGUAAUAAUCAAUCUGAUUAAAACACAGAUCCUAUUUCGUUUCGUUUUUUAUAGUUCAGAAUUUCGUUUUACUUGUCUGUACUACACUAGAAUCUGGAAGAGUUGUUAUCAUUGCUGUGUUCUGAAUGGUGUUAGGGAUUAGCCAAUGAAACGGUCUGUUACGGCGAGCUUUAGGCAUGUUUUGCACGAAACUGUGGGUAAUCCAUUAGAAACAUCAAUGCUGAUUUGUUAAUCAAAUGUCUGACAUCAUAGGGUUAAAAGCCGCUCGUAUGACCUCUGACGCGACCUAUCACUACAACUUGUCAUAUCUUCAUAAGUGUUUGUCAUCGGAAGUAUAAAAAUAUGAAAUGAAAUUUAGAUCUGUAUUUUAAUGAGAUUGUGUAAUAAUGUGACCUGCAGAGGUUGACAUGCAUAUAUUAUUGUUAUGUUUCGUUUCACCAAUAAAGUUGAUUGCCAUUAAACAAUGGUCACAGAAUGUCAACUAAGUUCACUGUGCAGAACUAAGGUUAUGUUACGUUACACCAAUAAAUGAUUGCUAUUAUACAUUUGUCUCAGAAUGUCAACCAGUGUCAAUAGUUUUGAUCAGUCCACGGUUAACAUUAAUUUUUUGCUAGCAUUAAUUUCUUGUUUUGUAGUAAUUGACUGAUUUAUUUAUUUGCGUUUGUUUGUUUUACUGUAGUAAGAUAAUUAAUCUCAUUGUAUGAAAUUAAGGCUUGCCCUUUGACCUGUAGCUGUAAUGUAAGAAAAAAAAAAUUGUGCUCUUGGGUAAUUUGGAAUCUGUCCAAAAUGUCCAGGUGUAUUUAUGUGUAUAUAUAUAUAUAUAUAUACUAUUGUUGAGCUACCUCUUUUUUGAAACUGAUUUCUGUGUGCUAGCUAAUUAGAUGACGAUUAGAUUCAAGAUUUGCCAGUCAUUAUUCCGUUUCAAUUAUUGAGCUUUAAUCCGUUUUUCUUACAAGAAUAUUAAAAGUUAAUCUUAAAUUGCUUUCAAAUUUAGGGUGAUGAUUAGAAAGAUCCUCAGUUAUUUACUAAAAUACUUAAAGAUGCAUUAUGUAAGAUUUAGAUAAAGAGCUGGACAUUUUUGCUACAAUAGUUAAAAAAUAAUUAAAAAUGAAUAUAUUAAAAUUUUUUAGUCAGAUUACUUUAUACUGAGCCAAGUUAUGAGUGUUCAAAGUUUUGACAAGAUAGUCUUGAUUUUCUGGUACAAUUGCUACGAUAAAAAACAAAGUUUUGAUUAUCCAUUUUAACAUUAAAUUAUUAAAUGGCAAAAGUGUUAAUUAUGGGCUUGUUCAUGUGAAUAAAUGCCUAAUUAAUAAUUUAUAUAAUAUUUGAAGCCAGUAAAAAAAACCGCUAUAGGAAGAUUUAGCUCUUACAUAAUGGCUCUUUAAGAUUAAAAUAUUUCUGAAAGAUAGAAGAUAACUAUGAGACUAUGGGCUUAUCUGAAAGACAACGACAUUGUCUCGAUCGAAAAUGGUAGUUUUGAAAUAAAAAAAAACAAACACAGUAAUUUGCAUAUAGGUAUUCUUACAUGGAAUAUUAAAAAUAGGUUAAAGCAUUUAGUUGUUAUCAUUUUAUCAUCCAUACUGUCAUUAUAUCAUAUUAAUUUAUUUCAAACUUGAAAUUCAUCCGUUUAAAUACUACCAUUUUCAUACCACUCAGUUUUAACCAAACAAAGUCUUGCCUUUAAACAUUUGUAAGAAUUUUAUUGUAGUCGUUGAUCGAAAUCACGUUCAUAUAUACAACUUGAACUUUAACCUUCUGUCAUUUUUUAUAGUUACGUCGCUGGUCGAUUUUGUUUUCGUCAAUCAAAUUAAUUAGUAAAAUUUAUAAAAUCAAACCACUCAUUUAGUUUUUUUAUUAGUUAGCUGCGUUAUCAUGUAUUUCAUAGUUAAAUCCACAGGAAUUUGUUUAUCUUAAACCAUAACUUAAUAGAAAGAAUUCAUCGACUUUCUUCCAUUAUGUUUGCAAGAGUAUUGCUGUGUAAAUUUGAAUAAUUAAAAUAUAGUUGAUCCCUUUAGGUAUCAAAUCUCUUGACACUUAAGUCACAAAUUUCCAAAUCUCCCUGCUUGUAUUCCGUGGAAGUAAAAAAAUGACCGUCAAAAGAUUUGAUCAAAGAUUAUUGGCGAUGGUGGCUUUCUUUGAUAAAUUUUCAAUUCUUCAUAUCUUUGUAAAUACUAAAUCGAAUUGAACAAUUUUUGGAUAGAUAUUCAUUUUAGAAAUUCAAGUUGAUCUGCUUGCUGUUACACUCGACUAAAAAUGAAUCGAUGUCAUCGUGUUUUGUGACUUAUACCUUCAA